CUAUAGCGUCGAGGAGGGACGGUCGUGAAUAGUCUCCGUGCGAUUUUGUAGUAAAACAACAAUAUUUUGUUUGUUUACUUCAAUUUUGUUUUGAAAAACAAUGAAGACUUUGGUGCUUCUAUUGAUCAUCGGAUCUGUAUAUGCAGAAUUCAAUUUACUUUUGAUGCAUAAUAAUGAUAUGCAUGCGAGGUUCGAGGAAACUUCGCAGACUUCGGGUAAAUGCAAGAACAAAAGCUACUGUUUCGGUGGCUUCGCUAGAGUCGCACACGUUGUGAGGGAGGCGAGGAAUGCUGCAAAGGAUGGAACUGGCCCUUCGGUGCUCUACCUUAAUGCUGGUGAUACCUAUACUGGUACACCUUGGUUCAGCGUUCACAAGUGGAAGAUUGCCGUCGAUUUCCUAAACACCCUAGCUCCUGAUGCAAUGUCGUUUGGUAACCACGAGUUCGAUUUUGGUAUCAAGGGGAUCCUGCCGUUCUUGAGGAAUUACAAGCAUCCUUUGGUUGCUGCCAAUUUCGAUUACUCCAAAGAGCCAUUGUUCACCGCCGAAGUCAAUAAAUCAGUCGUGCUGAAUGUCAAUGGACAUAAGAUUGCUGUCAUUGGAUACAUUACACCUGAGACUAGGGUUAUUUCAGAUGUUGGAUACAUCGAAUUCUUAGAUGAAGUGGAAAGCAUCAAGAAGGAAAGCGAGCGUUUGGAUGCUGAGGGAGUUAAAAUUAUCAUCGCUUUGGGACAUUCUGGUUUCGAAGUCGACAAAAGCAUUGCUAAAAAUGUACCUUUAGUCGAUGUGGUCAUCGGAGGACACACCAACACCUUCCUGUGGAAUGGUAAGCAGCCGGACAUCGAGGUUCCUGAAGAUAUAUAUCCAACUGUGAUGAUCCAAAAGUCCGGGAAGAAAGUACCUGUGGUGCAAGCGUACGCUUACACCAAAUACAUGGGUAAACUGUAUACUACAUUCGAUGAUGAAGGAGAGUUAAUCCAAUUCCAAGGGAAACCUCAACUGUUGAAUCACCUUAUUCCUCAAGAAAGAGACAUGCUGGACUUGUUAGAAACGUACAGAGAACCUGUAGAUGCUUUGUCUAAAAAGACAGUGGGUCGUACUAGAGUCAGUUUAGAUUCCUCCACUUGCAGGAAGAAGGAAUGCAACUUUGGUAACUUAAUCACCGACGCUAUGGUUGCUCAAAAAGCUUUCCAAUACGGAGGUUAUUAUUGGACAGACACUCCAAUUGCUGUGAUGAACGGUGGAUCAAUUAGAACCACCAUCGAUAUUGGUUCUAUUACUGUCGAAGACAUUAUUGCAGCACAACCAUUUGAUUUGCAAUACAUUUCUUUCAAUUUAACGGGCAGCGACCUUAAGAAGAUGCUGGAAACUAGCGCUAGGAGCAACGGUGAAACGUCUCGUGGUGAAUUUCUGCAAGUUUCCGGAUUACAAGUAACGUACGAUUUGGAAAAACCAGUCGGAAGCAGGGUUGAAGAUGUGAAAGUUCGUUGUGGACAAUGUAAAAUACCACAGUACGAAGACUUGGAUUUGAAGAAGAUUUAUAGAAUACUGGGUAACAGUUACAUUUUAAACGCUGGCGAUGGUUACGAUAUUUUGAGAGACAAGGCUUUCGGCAAGAAAAUUGAAGAUUUGGGGGACAAAGACACCACUGUGUGGUAUUUGGAGAAGGAACAAUUCGUGUAUCCUGAUGAGACUGGUAGGAUUACUGUUUUGAAACAAGUCAAAGGAAACUCCAGUUCUCGAAUUUCCAUUUUAUCCGUCUGGACAUAUUUAGUUGUUGCUUGCUUAUCGGCGUGGCAUAAACUUCAUUAAAUUGUUACUUUAAUUUAUUUUAACGGUAUUGGUGCUACUUUGUAGACUUGUAUAUGUUGUUUUGUUUGUAUAUUUAUUUAUUAUAACACCAACAAUUCGUUACUUCCAUUGUAAAUAAUUAAUUUUAUCGACAAACUUGUUGACAACUCAAUCCAUAUAUUGACGAGAAAAUUGCUUGUCAUCAUUUUCCUCGAAGAUAGAAAAAUUUACUUGCCUUGCAGUUAUUCAAUAUUACUAUACCAGUUUCCGCUAUGCUAUUCUUCCAGAACUUAAAUAAAAUUGUUUCGAUUAAAUCUUACAAAAAAGCAAUGUCUUAGGUUUAAGUUUACAAAUAAGUUAUGUUUAUUUAUAUGUAUAAGAAAAUAUCUUGAUGUAUAAUUAACAAUAUAAGGACACCUGAAUCAUUACUUACCAUUCGUUCAUACAAAUUUACUAUUCGUUACGUGUAUAAAUCUGAAAUAAACAUGUUUUUCUUCCUCAAA